AUGCGGCUUGGACUGUGUGUGGUGGCCCUGGUUCUGAGCUGGAUGCAUUUGGCCGCCGGCAGCCGGGGGAUCAAGGGGAAGAGGCAGAGGCGGAUCAGCACCGAGGGAAGCCAGGCCUGUGCCAAAGGCUGUGAGCUCUGCUCGGAGGUCAACGGCUGCCUCAAGUGCUCGCCCAAGCUGUUCAUCCUGCUGGAGAGGAACGACAUCCGCCAAGUGGGUGUCUGCUUGCCGUCCUGCCCACCUGGAUACUUUGAUGCCCGCAACCCUGACAUGAACAAGUGCAUCAAAUGCAAGAUUGAGCACUGCGAGGCCUGCUUCAGCCACAACUUCUGCACCAAGUGUCAGGAGAGCUUGUACCUGCACAAAGGCCGCUGCUACCCCGCCUGUCCCGAGGGCUCUGCGCCUGCGGAGGGCGCCAUGGAGUGCAGCAGCCCGGCACAAUGUGAAAUGAGUGAGUGGUCUCUGUGGGGGCCUUGCUCCAAGAAGAAGAAGCUCUGUGGCUUCAGGAGGGGCUUGGAGGAGCGGACACGGAGGGUGCUCCACGCCCCCGGGGGAGACCACGCCUUAUGCUCCGACACCAAGGAGACGCGGAGGUGCACGGUGCGGAGGACGCCCUGUCCGGAGGGGCAGAAGAGGAGGAAGGGCGGCCAGAGCCGGCGGGAGAACGCCAACAGGAACCCCGGCCGCAAGGAGAGCAAGGAGGCGGGCACCGGCGCUCGGAGACGCAAAGGCCAGCAGCAGCAGCAAGGGACAGUGGGGCCGGUCACCUCCACGGGGCCCACCUAG